GGUCGGAAGAAGGGAAGACAAAAUCCUCAUCACCUUGCAAAAGUAUGGACAGAAUCAAUGAGUUGUCUGAUCACUUGCUAGUUAAGAUAUUAUCGUUUGUUCCAACGAAAGUGUCUGUAUCCACUAGCAUUCUGUCUAAGCGAUGGGAGUUUCUCUGGAUGUGGGUGCCUAAGCUCGAAUACAUUGAUUACGAAGACGUUACUGAUUUUUCUCAGUCUCAUUACGAAGACCCUCAUUACGAAGAUGUUAUUGAUUUUUCUCAGUCUCAUUACGAAGACGUUACUGGUUCUUCUCAGCCUUCAAUCCUAAGGUAUCGAGAUUUUAUUAACCAGAACCUGCCUUUACAUAAAGCUCCCAUCAUAGAAAGCUUGCGCCUCAGAUUUCUUUCUGCAUUAUUCCGACAUGCGGAUCUCAACCUAUGGGUUGAAAUUGCAGUCUCUCGCUGCGUCCGGGAGCUAGAGCUAUGUAUUGACCAUGAUUCAGUAUUGCCGAAUAGUUUAUAUACCUGCAAAUCGCUAGUGACUUUGAAGCUUCAAGGGAAGAAUGUUCUUGUGGAUGUCCCUGGAACGGUUUGUCUCCCUUCUUUGAAAACCUUGGAACUUAAACGGGUGGCAUACUUCAAUGAAGACUCUCUUCGACUGCUUCUAUCAUGUUGCCCUGUUCUGGAAGAUCUGGUGAUCUUUCGAGAUGAUGAGCCUGACAAUUUGAAAGUGUUAGUUGUUACUGUCCCGUCCUUGCAGAGAUUAUGGAUAAUCAAUUCUUGUUCUUCUGGUGAUUGUGUGAUAGAUACCCCUUCUUUGAAGUAUUUUGAAGUUGAGGACCACAGAGACAGUUUCUCCUAUUCGAUUAAGCAUAUGACAAAGUUGGAAGAGGCAUACAUUUCUGUUAAGAAAGCUAUGUACCAUGCUGGUAUUGUCUUCGAUCAGCUUGAACAUCUGAAGCUAAGUGUAAUGAAGAAUGAUUGGUCGAAGUUACUUUUCAGGUUGCUCAAUGAUUCUCCUAAACUGCAAGUCCUUAGUCUCUCCGUCUUUGGAUUUUUUGUCGACCAAGAACAGAUUAGCUGGAGUAUUGAACAGAGUUCGAUUCCUAAAUGUUUGUUGAAGAGUUUUGAAACUUUCGAGUUUAGAGGGUACUAUAAGGGAGGAUUAGAAGAGAGAGAUAUCUUGAGUUUUCUCUUCAAACAUGACGUUAUGUUCAGAAGUCUUGAGACUCUUUGUAAUCAUUACUUUUCAGGUUGCUUGAAGUUA